AGUUCCAGACCGUAUAUAUGUGCCUUCCACAACCUCCAAAGGAUUUCGAUAUCUCCAUUUGACAUCGGGAGCCAACAUCUUUCAAUCAGCAUAGGUUUCACACCAAUAACACAGUGCCAAUCCUCCCACUCAGAUUGGCUUCAGAAUAACAGCGAUAUCGUCACAGCUCUUCCCGGCCAUCGGAAAAAUUUCGCAAUGGACUUUCUUCCCGGAGGGCAACCUUCACCUCGAAUUGUCUGCAGGUACCGAAAAUGCAAGGCUUCGUUCAGUCGAAAGACCGAUGCACGCAGACAUGAGAGACAAGUCCACCAAUCCGCUAAGAUCUUCUGCAAAUUCGCAGGUUGCAGAUUUAGGGGCACUGUCCGAGCUGAAGUGAUGAGGAGACACUUGAAGUCCAAGCAUCUUUUUGAAGUUGAGAGUACUUUCCAACUAGACAACGAUAACCUCGAGGGUGGCUUGCCCAAAGUCAAGAUACCACGCGAAUUUCCUUUCCCCGAACAUAAAAUCGAUUCCUUCUCCAACUGGAGUUCACGUCUUCUCCCAAUAGUCUCAAACCCCCGCGAAACCCGUGAAGUCGAACAAUUACUCGAAACAUAUACUGGUAUUGGGGAUGAGCUACUCUCGGGGAAUUCCAUUCCUCUAAGUGGAUUAGAGGAGAUAGAUGUGGAGCCAACCAAUUUCGAACAUGGGACAGACAACCAACAGACGGUCGAUCAAUAUCAUAUUGGUGAAAUCCAACCUACUGAAAUCAUUGCAUCCAGUAGCCAUUAUGCCCCCUGCCAGAAUAGAUAUCCAGGUUCGGACGAACAACACCCUGGAUGGCAGAAUUAGGAAUCUGGGAUCAAAACACCUGUAAUCUGGGUAGCUGGAACACCAUGAUCGAUGAUCCUACA